CGUCAUCCUAAGGCCGUUGUUUUUCCUAUAGCUAAAGACAAAGGGAAGGAUGCAGCUGCUGUAGAGGACGAGAACGUACCCGCUACUCCUCACUAUUCGUCAAAGGAUAGGGUGGCUAUAUGCCGUAAGGUAUUUAAGGCCGUCCCCGCAGAGUAUGUUGCUUCUCUUCCUGGCCGCAAGACUGACGCCCAGUUUGGUGCAAUCCAGGCCACCCUACUCGACUUGUUCUGCCGCAUGGAAUUCUGCAAGAGUUGGAAGACGCGCACUGCUGAGGAGCUCAAAGCUCAGGUGGCUGAGUCCACCCACCAUGGCGACUAUGCGUUCAAAUCCAUUGAAGAGGUCCGCCUGCAGAUGCAGACGACCAUAGACCUUCAAGCAAAGGAGGUAGCUUCAUUGAGGUCUUACAAGGCCGAGCUGCUUAAGAAGAUCUUGGCGCAGGACAAAGACAUGGUGACAAUGGUCGAGGAGGCCAAGACAGCGGCGGCGGAAAUACGGACGCUUCAGGACCAGUUGCGGGAGUACCCUCAGGUCAAAGAGGCGGCUGAGGAAGCCGAGCAUCUUCGGGGGGAGCUGGAGACGGCCAGGUCGCAAGUUCGCACCUUGCGUGAGCGUCUUCUGGAAUCCUAUGAUCAGGGGGAGCAAGCGGCCAAGGACGCUGUGAAGCACGCCUGGGAGAGCCACAUGCCAGAGAUCAAAAUCAGUGAUCCUGUCAAUAGCCUUGUUGUAAACAUAAGGGUUGUAAGCAUUAGAAGUUAUCCAGAAGAGCUUGUGGAACAAUUCUCCACUCCAACCUCCAUUCUUGCAGUUCAUCUACAGAUGUUGACUGCAACACCUUCUAGGGGCCCUUGGAAGGUUCUCAUGUACAGCUAA